GAACAUGAACAUGCUUUUCUUUUUUGACUGGAAACGUUUUAAAUGAGACACUUUGGUGAGCUCGGAGCUUUUAUAGCAACUUUACGAUAGACCGUGACUACCCUUGCUGAUAUUUGUAUUCGAAGGAAACGCUGUAGCGACGUCGCUGAUUCAUUCGUCCACCAAGGUCACAGGUCUCAGUGGAUGUGGUGAAAGCUUUUAGCCAAGUGCUACACAUGUGAUUAUCUGACCGACAACAUGGCUGGACUUAUAGACUUUAAAGACGAGAAGGAAGUCAAGCAGUUUCUGGACAAUCUGGGAAUAGAGUACAGCUUCCAGUGCCACAGUGAGAAGGAUCCUGAAGGUUGCCAGAGACUUGCAGAUUAUUUGGAAGGAGUGAAGAGAAACUAUGAAGCUACAGCUCAGGUGCUCAAACGUAACUGUGAAACACAUGGAUAUGGAGAGAGCUGCUACAAACUUGGGGCUUAUCACAUCACAGGCAAAGGUGGAGUGAGCAAGUGUCUGAAAACAGCCUACUCAUACUUUAUGCGCUCCUGCCAGGCUGGAGGAAAGAAGUCUAUGGAUGCCUGUCAUAACGUUGGCCUGUUAGCCCAUGAUGGACAAGCUAUGGAAGGAGGUCCUGACAUCACGGCAGCGCGGCAGUAUUAUGAGAAAGCCUGUGCCGGUGGCUUCGCUCCUUCAUGCUUUAACCUCAGUACUAUGUUCAUUGCGGGCAAUUCCAAAGAUAUGACACAAGCUUUGAAGUACGCCAACAGAGCUUGUGAGCUGGGACACGUGUGGGGUUGUGCCAAUGCAAGUCGCAUGUACAAACUGGGCGAUGGUACAGAGAAGGAUGAGAAGAAAGCGGAGGAGCUGAAAAAUCGAGCAAAGGAGCUGCAUGGUUUAGAAAAAGAACGGCAGCUGAAAUUUGGGGAAUGAAUUUGACACUUCAUUUUGUCAUUGUUUUGGUAUUCAGUCAAAGUUAAAAGUUGUUUGUUAUCUGGAGCCGAAUGUUUUACCUCACUCCAUUAAGGAAGCCAUGUUAAUUUAACAAUUUUACUUGUUGAGUUCAAUCAUAUCUAUGAAAGAAAUAAACUGAUUUUAAUUCA